GGUCAGUCAGGUGUCGGAAUCGAGCAACAAAGCUGCGUGGUUCGUGCUGCGUUUGCUGCGUUACCGUUGCUACGCUUAGCGAACGUUUGACUACGUUUAACGAUUUAUCGCGGCCUUUUUUUCGCAAAGUAAAUUGUGACACGCUCGAAUAUCGAGGAACAAUGACGAAGACCGAGGACCAAUUUGAUGGAAUGUUGCUGGCAUUGGCACAGCAACACGAGGGCGGUGUGCAGGACUUGCUGGACACCUUCUUCAGUUUUCUGGCGAGAAAAACAGACUUUUAUACCGGAGGUGGCGAAGGGGCAGCUGAAAAGCUUGUCAUGGGCAAAUUCAAGAAACACGAAGCCGGUGCUCUUGCCAAAGCUGCAUCCGAAAAAGCGGAAAGAGCAGAGCAAGAGAGAAGGCGUAAGGAAAGACUCGAGAAGAAAAGAAAAGAGGAACAAGUGGAGGAAGAGAAAAUAGAUAACGAUUCUAGAAUAGUUGAAUUAACUGACGAGCAGGCUGUUAAAUUACAGGAAGAAAUAGAGAACAAGAAAUUAGCAAAUGACUCUGCUGUCGCGGGAUCUAGCAGCGAUAACGACAGUGCUAAGAAUGAUGAGUUCGAAAAUACCGAUUCUAAGAAAGACAACGAUGAGGACGAAGAAGAUGAAAAGGAGAAAAAUAAGCUGAAGCCUAACAGCGGUAACGGUGCAGACAUGCCGAAUUACAGAUGGACGCAGACUCUUGGAGAAGUAGAGGUAAGUGCUUUAUGUCGAUAUCAUAUCAUUCUCCAGCUGUUAUGUGAAUAUUAUAUCAAUAUGCUGCAAAAGACAGGUGGAAAUGAAACGACGUUUACUAUAUUUGACAGUUUCUUGUUGAAUCGACGAUUAAUACGCAAGUAA